ACCGAGAGAGAGAGAGAGGGGAGAGAGAGAGGGGCAAUAAUGGGGGGAUGGACCAGGGUUGCAGGUGGUGAGAGAGCAAACAUAUGACCUUGUCUGAAAAUUAAGAGCAGUUACCACCACCUCCUCCACCAUCUCUCUCUCUCUCUCUCUCUCUCUCUGGUAGGUGUUGUGCAUAAUUUCGUGUACAUAAACAAAGAAACCCACAAGUUGCUUAGCUUUGUUGGAUUCGUGAAAUAAAACUUGAUGGGCGACAGGAAACAUAGGCGCACAUGCCACUCUCCCUCUCUUUCUGAUCUUUCUCUCUCUGCUUCAGCAAUUCCAGCUUGCUCUCCCUUCUGAAACAAGGAGGGUUUUUUGAAACAUCAAGCUUUACGAUGGAGCUUGAAGGUAAAGCUAAUGCAACAUUUUUCAGCACAAUCCCGUCAAAAACCCUAGAUCACCACCCCCAACACACGAUCGUCAGACCUCAGACCGUCCUGAGAAGAGACCCUUACCCAGAUCCGGAAGCCGAGCCCGACCCGGAUCCGGACCCGGUUUCCACCUCUCCACCCACUCCGCCGUCUCCGCCGGCGGUUUCAGUCGCCAACCGAACAAAUCAGAGAAGGAGGGCACGUGGCGAGACCACGGUGAGGUACCGGGGAUGCCAGAAGAACCACGCGGCGGCCACCGGCGGCCACGUGGUGGACGGCUGCUGCGAGUUCAUGCCCAGCGGGGAAGAGGAAACGCCGGAGGCGCUAAAAUGCGCCGCGUGCGGAUGCCACCGGAGCUUCCACAGGAGAGACAUCGACGGCCAGGAUUCGCCGGCGCCGUACAUGUACGCCCAUACAACGAGCAAACACGUGAUGACUCCUACGUUGUACUGUAGUGGGUCGUACAGACUGCUACAGCCUCAUGCAGUGCACCGGACGGCUGAGAUACCGCGGAGAUCGUAUUCAACGGAGGACAUGAACAAUGUGUAUCAGAGGAGGUCGGGAGAGGAAAAGGGGUCGAGGAAGAAGAGAUUCAGGACGAAGAUCAACGAAGAACAGAAGGAGAAGAUGAAGGAAUUCGCGGAGAGACUGGGAUGGAGGAUGCAGAAGAAAGACGAAGAAGAGGUUGAUAAGUUUUGCUCGCAGGUGAAUCUGAGGAGACAGGUUUUCAAGGUGUGGAUGCAUAAUAACAAGCUGAAGAGGAACAUCAGUCACCAAAAGUGAAUUCAUCUCUGUCUCUUCUUUUUGUUAUUUUCUCCCUAAAUAAAAUCCAACUUUUGGGGAGGAAUUUGCGACUCGUUCUACUAUGCCAAUGGACAAAGAUCCAUCUAUACGGCGAGACACGUACGUACGUUCGAAUUGGACGAUUGAUGACUGUCUUUUGUUGGAUGGAUAAGUUCCGACCGUACGUUGGUGUUGUGUUUCUGGAACGGUGUCUGGUCUGGUCUGAUUAUAAUAUUAAUCUUACUUGUUGGAAUAAUAAACUAAUUAUAGUCGUUU